AUGGUGUCCCAGCAGACAACUCAGAACUAUGCUGAGAAUGCUUCUACUGCCGACGCGGACACCAACUCUUUUGUAAGAACUUCAUUGUUUUCGGUGCGAUGGAUGAUUGAUGGCGGUUUCGAUGCCUACGCAGCAUACCUGCCGAAGACGGUCAUUCGCCUCGGCGGUCUCUCUGGCAGCCUGCGUGGCGCGCAGAGUGAAUACGGUUGCUCCUUAGAUGGAAUCGCGAGUGCUGAUGUUUGGUGCUGGCCCAACAAGGGUUGUUCUAGCCCAUCUACGUCGUCAAAACGGCCAUAUCAUGUUGUUGUUAUCGCCGCACAGGUAGUCAAAUUGCCCGUGUCUCUCAAUGUUGCUGGCCAACAUAUCGACCUUCCGCGGGAUCAGGCCGCUGCGUCUGCCAUAUUGGACAAGCUGCACAAUAACAAUCCGUACACAUUCGAUUUUGUGGUUGAGGCGACUGGGAAUGUUACAGUCCUUGAGGGCUCGAUCAGCCUUGUCCACAGGCAGCUAAGCCGGUAG